GCUCAGGAGAAAAUCUGGCUCAGGCCUGGGCAAAGAGAACUUUAGCUGCGAGCUCCCCCAUAAAUUUGCGGCGGGGCGGGCCAUGGCUUUGUCAUUCCGAUGGCCGUUUAGCAUGUUUGACCACAGCGCCGACGACGGGCUGCAGAAUCUCCGGGACGCCUUGGAAAAAGCCGAGGAAGCGGUUUCCUCCUCCUCUAGCGACACCGAGGAAGAGCGAGAAAGAAAGGAAGAGAUCCUCGAAGGCUUCCGGGCGAAGCUAGAGGAGUUGGAGGUGGAGACACAGAAGAGCUUCCGGAUCACAGUGUGCAGCGCCAUGAGCGGCGAGUGCGUGGCUUCAGUGCGGCUGAAGCCCAGCGACUCCGUGCUGCACUUGUGCGAGGCGGUGGUGAAGGAGAUGGGCCAAAAGGUGGUGUCACACUCCGUGCUUUUUCAGAAUGAGGUCCUGCCGCAGCACAGGGAGCUGCGUGAGGUGGGACUCCAGGAUGGUGACACCGUCUACUUGGCCAGAGCGCCCGUGAAAUGUUUGACCGCCUCGCACGAUGGCACGGCGUGCAUGUGGUCCUUCGAGCAGGAUUCUUGCUCCAGCUCUGAUCCGGUGAAGUUGAGACCUGGGGGUGCGCUGAAAAGCGCCACGGUGUCCCCGUGCGGGACCAUGCUCCUGACCCUCUCCACAGAGGAGGGCGGCAGCGGCAAGUUGUGGUGCGCCCAGUCCCACCACUUUCUCCACAAGCUCCAGGGUGGCUGUGGCUCCGCCUCCUUUGCUCCCGACGGGCAAAGCUUGGUGGGUGUCGAUGCAGAUGGAGUCGCUGUGAUUUGGUGUGCUCGCACAGGGCGGGUCUCGCAAAGGAUGUUCGCCCCGAACGCAUCUUCGCAGUGGGACACAGACUCCGAUGACGACACCGAAAUGAGCUUCGCCAAUUUCUCGCCUUGCGGAAGGUAUGUGGUGACCGCAUCUGGCUUCGGCGCUCAGUUAUGGGACACCUCUGGUAACCUGCUACACACCUUGCAUGGGCAUGAAGGCAGCAUCAGAUGCACAGCUUUUGCGCAGAACAGCCGAUUCCUUCUGACAGCUGCCUCGGAUGAUAGCGCCAGACUCUGGGAUGUGGAGACUGGCAGGUGCCUGCGGGUACUGGUGGGCCACCAGGGUGCCUUGAACUAUUGCACCUUCUCCCCCACCGGGGAGGCGGCGAUGACGGCGAGCCGGGACGGCACGGUGAAGCUUUGGGAGUUUGAGGACUUGGACCUUGGCCUUGGGGAGGCGCUCAGGGUGGACUGCUCCUUGACUUUGGAGGCAGAAGGAGGCGUGGUGAGCUCUGCUUGCUUCUCUCCGGAGGGCUCUCGACUGCUCAUCGCCUGCGCCUCCGCCACGGUGCGGCUGGUGCACAUCGCCACGGGGCAGCUGCAGCUGUCGCUGGAGGGCCUUCACGAGGACUGGGUCAGAUCGGCCAACUUCUCACCAGAUGGGCUCAUCAUUGCCACGUCCUCCUACGACGGCAACGUGGGCGUUUGGAGCGCCACUACGGGCAAGUGCUUGCGGGUACUCCAGGGUCAUAGCCAAGCCGUGGUUUCCGCUCACCUGGCCGCAUAGGACCCUGCGCAGACAACACCCUGACACGCCGGCAUCGGUUUCUUUUUUCUGGAUUUUUCUGGUCAAUCGGCCCGCUACAAUUAGAGAGACCCGUUUCCUGACUUGACUUUCGCGAAAACCUUCAAGCUGGAGCUGGGUACUGCCGAGCAAGGUCGGAUUCUUGCAACACGUUCACCGGCCAUGUGAUGGUUCCUCCGGCUGUUUGAAGGGCAAGUUUUCGCAGCUGUUGCUUUACGGAGGAAACAUCAGCUGCAAUUUCAGCUCUCUUGGGGGAGACGCUAUCGAUUCUUAGCUGAGCCCAGCGCAUACGUGACGUGCUUCUGUUUUCCAUGGGUUUCAGCACUACUUGGCUUGGCAGU